AUGGCCCCUCCCCCAGCUUCAGCCCAAUCCCACGCCCUCUCCAUCCCCGAAAUCUUCGAACUAAUCCUCCUCAACCUGGACACCCGCACCCUCCUCACAAAAGCAACCCGAAUCUGCCACGCCUGGUCCCAUUUCAUCAACUCCUCCCCGCAAAUUCAAUGGGCCCUAUUCUUCCGUCCCCUCGAAAACGGCAUGAAUAAAACAAAGACCCAGAAUCCACUCCUAGCAGAAACCUUCCCGUCAAUCUUCUACCGAUCCGGGUCUAGCAAUGGAGGAAGUACCAAUAAAAAGAACGAUCCGGAAGCCGACACAAUAAACGACAAAAUCAAUUCCAAGCUCACAUUCACCACCUUCGACAUGGUCCGGAACCCGCAUAAAUGGGACGCAUAUAUCAGACCGGAGGCUAGCUGGCGCCGUAUGCUGGUCCAGCAGCCGCCGGUGAAUACGCUAUCGCUGCUAAGGAGUAAUGUCGGACAUGGCGGACAGUAUUUGUACAUUUAUGAAGCGUUGGGCGACCAAAAAGAACCAGCCAGUGGCCUACGAAUGGAUAUCGUCUUUGAAGCACUGGUCUUCGGCGAUAGAUGGGAUCAGGAUGAAUACUCCGCAACGGAGAUGGUCUGGGGACAGGAACUCCUCCCUCAACGGAUUCGAGGAGACCUGGGGCUCUUUGGUGUUCAUGAUCUGGAUUUAGUGUUUUAUACUCGUCUGGGAGAAACGUCUAGGGGUCGUGGUUAUUAUGUGUCGAGUUUGGAAUGUGAUGUUGUGAAUAAUGUUAAGGCGGCGUAUACUAGGCUGGGGAUGAAGCCAAAGUAUUCCGAUGAGGCCUUUUUGAGAGGGCGGAAGUCUUGGGGGUCACUUUGGGAUUAG